AUGUCCGUCUUAGAAGUGCUGGCUAAGGUCCAGGGCCUUGCAGCUGAGGAGGCCGCGGGAAACAUAGGUUGCCAUGCAGAUCUUCUCAGAGCGAUUCGUGAACUACAGCUAGCUGCAGAGACACCUCUAGAGACAACAUCGCGGCUUAAUUUCCAGAUUAUGCAAAAUAUCUCAAUCCGUGUCGCUAUUGAGAACCGAUUCCUUCAUGUCAUCGUCGCAAAGGGUGGUCGGCCCGUAUCGGCCGAAGAGAUUGCCAGCGAGACACAAUCGGAUCUUCUCCUAACGAUCAGAAUCAUACGCAUACUGACAGCUGUUGGUCUUUGUGAUGAAGUUGGCAAUCAACUCUAUGCUGCCAAUGAGUGGACUCGAUUCAAAAUUCUACCUGGAUCUAUCGCAGCAGAGAAGCACCACUUUGAUUUAGAUUUUGGUAUGGGCGGCAAAUUGGUCGAGUACAUGCGCGGUCCCGGAAUCCAACAAUUUGUCGACGAACCCAAUGCUGUUACCUUGUUCAAAUAUGCCCACGGGACCGAUGUAAUUUUUGGGCUGCUAGAGAAGAACGCAGAGCAGAAGCAAGCGUUUGAUGACUACAUGGCUGCACGACGUGUGGAUAAUAUGCCACAAUGGUUUGAUAUUUACCCAGCAGCGGAGAAGGUACUCGAUGCUUCUAAGGCGCCUGGAGCGACUCUCAUGGUGGAUGUUGGGGGGGGACCUGGGCAGGAGAUUGCGCGAUUCAAAGAAAGGCACCCCGACAUCCCAGGGCGUUUCAUAUUGCAAGAUCUUCCUUUGACGCUGAAGCGGAUUGAGAAACUACCUGAAGGAGUUGAAGCGAUGGAGUAUGACUUUUUUACACCUCAGCCGGUCAAAGGAUCCCGGAUCUAUUUUCUUCGCGACGUGUUGCAUAACUGGUCUGAUGCCAAGAGCGUUCAGAUUCUGUCCCGUGUUGUUGAAGCGAUGGAUCCCAAGUACUCUACCCUAUUAAUUGACGACUACGUUCUACCUGAUACAGGCUGUGAGCUUCGGGCUGCAGAAAUGGAUAUCCUCAUGUGGCUCCAUACAGCAGGACUGGAACGGACCGUAUCACAGUGGAAGAGUCUUUUCGAUAUAGUGGGUCUGGAACUGAUACAGAUUUGGAGCUCUGCCAGGGGCAACGAAUCGGUGCUAGAAACAAGGGUGCGCCCCUAA